UUUCUCUAAUUGAGGUUAGAUCAGAUAAUUCUUUGAUAUUUUGGUUUGGGAUUGAGUGAGCUUCCGCCCAGAAUGUGGCGAAAAGUGACUCCCACGGUGGUUAAUUUCUCCAGAAGCCUCCAUACGAGUGUUCCUGUUUGUGGAAGUAGGAACUUCCGGAAAUUUCCGCUGUAUAACAAACGAGGAACUCGUGUUUACAAACUUCAGCGACUCCAGAAUCUUCCGUUCUGCCUGCCCAUUUAUAAAUACGGUGUUCGAGACACCGGAGAGGUUGUUGACAAUGUCUAUCGGAAAAUUCCAGAGAUGAUCCCAGAACUCAUAGUGCCGGAUCUCACGGAUUGCAAGUUGAAGCCUUAUGUUUCCUAUCGGACUCAGGAAGUUGUCCAGAGUGAAUUCACCAGUGAGGAUCUUUUCAAAGCCGUCUAUAGCCAAAAAAUUAUAGAGGAUUAUAAGCACGGAGGCUUGAGGGAAGAUGGCUCGCCUGUAGAACCAUCUCCUGAAGAGAAGAUGACCCCUGAGGAAGCAUUCAUUGAAGCACGAAAGACAGGAUCGGAUAUUUUCUGAGAUUGUCCUCAGUACUAGUUUAUA